CGCCGCUCUUGCAAAACCCUGCCUUCUCUCUCUCUCUCUCUCUUGGGGUUUUCUCUCAAUCGCCGACGAACCACCAUGGGCGUCGAGCUCCGGCAAGACCUCGAUAUGGACGAAGGCCACGUCUACUCCGACUACGACCUCGCUCUGCACGUCAAGGACGUUCUCCUCUCAGUCUCAUCCGGCGAUGCUGUGUCCGUUGAGAACUACGCCGAGCUCGUCGGUCGUCUGUACCUGCGGGAGCGCCACUCUCCCGAUGACAUCGCCAAGCUCGUGGCUUGCCUGAAGGGACUGUCAGGAGCAGCUUCUUAUAUCGACAGCGCUGUUCAUAGUGAUCUUCUCUCUGGGCUUUUGAAGAUGAGGCUGUGGAGCUAUGGGCCUGAUGUGAUGGACGCGUUGGUGGAGUUGAUUAUCUCCUUGGCUUCUUCGAGUGGGAAGUACCUUGAUCUUUGCCUGGGUUGGCUUACAGGCCAUUUCGAGACGCCUCCGAAAUUCCUAGAGAAGUUGAAGUUGCCAUAUGGCCUUACAAAGAAGGACCAAGUUUUGUCCCGUGUGCAUUCGGCUUUGAAAGAUAUAUCUGAUGUGGUUCCGCUUUCCCCUGCAAGAAUAGUGGUUAUAGUGUCUGAUCAUCUUGAGCGAUAUCGGCAAAAUAGUAGAACUAGUACACAUGGUCUUGUGAUAUUCGUAGAGAACAUGUUAAAGUUAGAGGGUGGUGCACUUGGUGAAGUCGUUCGAGUUACCAUGGUCACAAAGGUGGUGGAAUUGCUGCUACAUUUAGAUGUCGAAAUGGGAUCGUGGGACAAAGUGUUAGAAGAUCAUGGAAUAUUUCAGAUGGAGAUAGAAGAUAUGGACAACUUUGCAGAAGAUUUUCUGACUGAUGGUACUGAGCAUGCGAGAGAAGCAAGUUUAAACGAUUUAACUUUGAAAAGUUAUGCUGAAAAGUUGGAUACACUGAUGGUGUUAACUUUCGAGCACCUUGAAUCCUGUGAAGCUGCUGGUCGAUUGAGUGAGGUCUUCAAAACUCUUCUCGAGACAUUUAGGAACAAAGUUUUGACCACAUGCAAGUCAAAGUUUGUCCAGUUUGUGAUGUUUUAUGCCUGUGCUCUUGAUCCUGUAAACUGUGGUGAGGAAUUUGCCACAAACCUUGUUGAAAUUUUUGUUCACAAUGCCAACCAAACAUCUCUCAGGAUGAGAGCUGUUGCUUACCUUGCUAGCUACUUGUCUCGAGCAAUGUUUAUGUCACCCUCUGUAGUUGCUCAAAUGCUAAAGAGGUUGGUGGGGUGGUGUUUUGAUUUUGUCACAAGGAAGAAAGGUGGAGUAAAUCCAGAAAUUAAUAAAUUAUUUUAUGCUGCAUGUCAGGCCAUCAUGUAUACGAUGUGCUUCCGAUUGAGAUCUCUGAUGGAUGAUCCUCAAUCAAAGUUGUUGCUUGCUGGACUACCUUUAGAUUCCAUUUUGAGCACUGAAAUUAGCCCACUGAAGGCGUGCGUGCCAUCCAUAGUGAAGGAGUUCCUAUGGCAAGCGAAUGCGGCUGGUUUAAUCACCACUGAGGAGUUUGAUUUUGAUGAUGAUUUGGAAUCGGAGUAUUCAUGGGUAUGGGGUGGAAAGGAAGAGCUUCACAAGUUGUUCCCUUUUGACCCAUGUUUGCUGAAAAAUAGUGACAGGUUCAUUCGGCCCAAUUUUAUAUACUGGUCAAUGGUUCAACGAACCUAUGACGAGGACAAAGACGGUUCCAGUGAUGAGGAAGGUGAUGAAGCUUUUGCUGUCGACAAUGAGGAAAAUGUAAUGGAUUAUGAGGUUUUGCAAUGCUUGGAGGAACAACAAUUCGGUGAAGUUGACAGUGCAUUAAACAAAAUGUCUAUCACGCCAAAGGAUUCAUUACACAGUAGAUUUGGUGGUGCAAUAAAUAAACCCAUGCGAAUGCCCUCACGAAUUAGACCGUCCACAAGUCCAGAGUCUUUGUAAAUUGAAAGCUUUUUGUUUCCCCUCUUUCAUGGAAAUGAAUUGGUUGUACAAACAAGAGACAUCAUACUUGCCGGUGUCCCCGAAAGGAUGUGGCCGGUUGAUAUUGAGAGAUGUUGUAAUGCUAGGGCUGUCCUGCUCGUCUUUCUUUUUUUUUUUUUUUUUUUUGGUUAAUGUAUCAAAGACUUGUGAAAUUGUAAGAUUCCAUUCUGGGCAGCUGUCAUACUUUGCUCAGUUUAGAUAUGUGCACUUAUGCAGUCAAUCAAAACUAAGCUUGAGUUAAUAGAAUUUGGAGCUUCUUGCUGACGAAUAAUUUGUC